AUGGCGCAGCUCUUCCAAAAGGAUCCACGCAGCACAGGUCUUUUCAUAGGCGGCGAGCGUCUCUCUGGCGCUGAGAUCCGCAACCAGAACGUCCUAGCUGCUCAGUCGAUCGCCAACAUUGUCAAAUCUUCCCUCGGUCCCGUAGGACUCGACAAGAUGCUCGUCGAUGACAUCGGAGAUGUCACCAUCUCCAACGACGGCGCUACCAUCCUUUCGCUGCUCGAGGUCGACCAGCCAGCGGGACGCAUUCUGGUAGAAUUGGCACAGCAACAGGACAAGGAGGUCGGCGACGGCACCACUUCUGUCGUCAUCAUUGCCGCCGAGCUUUUGCGCAGAGCCAAUGAGCUGGUUAAGAACAAAAUUCACCCCACCACCAUCAUCACCGGCUACCGUCUCGCGUGUCGUGAGGCCUGCAAAUACCUCCAGGAUCAGCUUUCCACCAAGGUUGAAACACUCGGCAAGGACUCCCUCAUCAACGUAGCCAAGACGAGCAUGUCGAGCAAGAUCAUCGGUGCUGAUGACGACUUUUUCGCGCAACUCGCUGUUGACGCUAUGCUUGCCGUCAAGACGGUCAACCCACGUGGUGAAACAAAGUACCCUGUCAAGGCGGUCAACGUUCUCAAGGCGCACGGCAAGUCGGCCCGCGAGUCGCUCUUUGUCAACGGAUACGCGCUCAACUGCACUGUUGCCUCACAAGCCAUGAAGACGCGCAUUCGCAACGCCAAGAUUGCUUUACUCGACAUCAACCUCGUCAAACAGCGCAUGCACCUCGGCGUCCAUAUCACCAUCGACGAUCCGGAACAGCUCGAAAAAAUUCGUGCCCGAGAGAGCGAAAUUGUGCUCGAGCGGGUUCGUAAGAUCCUCGCCUCAGGCGCCAACGUCAUUCUCACCACCAAGGGAAUCGAUGACCUUUGUCUCAAGGAAUUUGUCGAAGCAGGAGCAAUGGCCGUACGACGAUGCCGCAAGGAAGACCUACGCAGGAUCGCCAAAGCGACUGGUGGACAGCUCGUGAGCAGCCUGAGCAACUUAGAAGGCGAAGAGACAUUUGAAGCCAGCAGCCUCGGAUCAGCCGAUGAGGUGGCUCAGGAGCGUAUCAGCGAUGACGAGCUCAUCCUCGUUCGCGGUACCAAGACUGUCAGCUCGAGCUCGAUCAUUCUGCGUGGUGCCAACGAUUACCUGCUGGACGAGAUGGAGCGUGCUCUUCACGAUAGCUUGUGCGUCGUCAAGCGCACCCUUGAAAGCGGAUCUGUCGUUCCAGGUGGAGGAGCAGUCGAAUCCGCGCUCAGCAUCUACCUGGAAAACUUUGCCACCACACUCGGAAGCAGAGAGCAGCUUGCUAUUGCCGAAUUCGCCCAAGCACUUUUGGUGAUCCCCAAGACGUUGGCUGUCAAUGCGGCCAAGGAUAGCACCGAUCUGGUGGCCAAAUUGCGUGCCUAUCAUAACGCGGCGCAGAACGCCAGCGCUGGUGACCCUAAGAAAUCGCUUCGAUUCUAUGGUCUCGAUCUGCUCAAUGGUCAGGUCAGGGACAACCUUAAAGCAGGCGUCUUGGAGCCAACGGUGAGCAAAGUCAGAAGUCUCAAGUCGGCCCUUGAAGCUGCGACCAGUCUGUUGCGUAUCGACGACGCGAUCACCAUUGCUCCUGAACAACCACCUGAGGAUCCCCAUGCCCACAUGUAA